UGUUUUGAUUCACGAAGGUGAAGCCAGGAGAAACAGGUCGGAAGAAUGCCAGCUAUGACAGAUGCUGGGUCGAGGAGUUAUCGAGUGUGAUGUAUUUCCGCCGACAUGUUUCACCCACAACUUGGAGUUGCUUUGUAAACAGAGCGACUACCGGAAUAUAAAGUGGCACACCGGUGACCGGGUCAACAGACCAUCAUUACCGAGUUACUCGGCACUGAACCCAGUUCGUGACAGUCUACAGUCGUACACACUAUCCAAAGUACCAAGGAAACGUGAUCCUUUCACAAUUUAUGACAAUUCAAGGACGUGGGUGUUAGUGAACGCCUCAACUCUCCAUGUGACGAGGGACGACCACUCGUUAGACGUCCGAUGAUCUCCCGUCCAGUAUGGGCAAGGACAAGAAAUCUCUUUACAGCUCGAAGGACAAGCUGAAAUCUGAAAACCUCAAACUGGCUUUAAAAUUGAAAAAUCUCGAGUCUCAAUAUAAAGAAGUCCAUGACGUUUUCGUCCUGUUAAAACGAGACUAUGACAUGUCGAAGGGCAUGUUUCCGACACAGAGGUAUAGUCGCCUGAAGGAUAUGAUCAAACGAACGACCACGAAGAGCAACAUGGAAAAAGCUCACUCUUUUAUCGAAAAGGACGAACAUAAGAAAACGUCAGUAAUGGGCGGUUUACUGGGACAGUGCAAGAAACUCGCUAACGCAACAGAAGAACCAGAGCCGACAAAACGCCCACAAAGUGGCGCUGUCGGCGGUUUGUUAGCUUCGUGUAAAAAGUUCGUCGGUGUAGCAGACGAUAUGGAGACUGCUGUUGAUAUUCAGAAAGAUUUGAGUCAAAUGUCCAAACAGGAAAUUGCACAAGACAACGACGUUAAAGAACAACAAAUUGAGAAAUUUCCCGCCAAAUUCCUGCGCGCCUACAAUCGACUUGACAAACUGAAGCGUGACUACGACCAAUCAAAAGACGUGUUCUUUAUGAGGCGAUACGGACUGUUAAAAUCUAUGAUUAAAGCGAUCACUACCGACACAACGCUAAUGAGUAAAUGACCGUACGCUGUGAUGUUCUGUACAGAAUAUUAUAUAGCAUUUCAUUGUCACAUACACAGAUGUAGACUCUGAUGUUUUGUACAGAAUAUUAUAUACCAUUUCAUUGUCACAUACACGAGAUGUAGACUGUGAUGUUCAGUACAGAAUAUUAUAUAGCAUUUCAUUGUCACAUACACGAGAUGUAGACUGAUGUUUUGUACAGAAUAUUAUAUACCAUUUCAUUGUCACAUACACGAGAUGUAGACUGUGAUGUUCAGUACAGAAUAUUAUAUAGCAAUUCACUGUCACAUACACGAGAUGUAGAUAGUGAUGUUCUAUACAGAAUAUUAUAUAGCAUUUCAUUGUCACAUACACGAGAUGUAGAUAGUGAUGUUCUAUACAGAAUAUUAUAUAGCAUUUCAUUGUCACAUACACGAGAUGUAGACUGUGAUGUUCAGUACAGAAUAUUAUAUAGCAUUUCACUGUCACAUACACGAGAUGUAGAUAGUGAUGUUCUAUACAGAAUAUUAUAUAGCAUUUCAUUGUCACAUACACGAUAUGUAGACUGUGAUGUUCAGUACAGAAUAUUAUAUAGCAUUUCACUGUCACAUACACGAGAUGUAGACUGAUGUUCUGUACAGAAUAUUAUAUACCAUUUCAUUGUCACAUACACGAGAUGUAGACUGAUGCAUCUGUGACACUGUUUACACCACUGGUGUACUAUUAAUAAAGCGUCCGAGGAAUGGAGGUUUCAUAACCUAAAUUUUAUAUUGAGUAUUAACAGCAUCAUUACUCAUAUCUCUCUCUCUCUCUCUCUCUCUCUCUCUCUCUCUCUCUCUCUCUCUCUCUCUCUC